CUGUGUAACAUACUAACUGUGUAACUCUGUGUAACAUACUAACUGUGUGUUCUGCUGUUGCAGCCAGAGAACGUUGUCUUAAUGCUACAGACGAUCUACUAUGAGGCGGGCUUCCUGGUGUGUGUGAGUCUGGGCUGUGUAUUCCUGGUGUUGACCCCCGUGGUAGGACUGUGUUUCUGUGUGUGUCGCUGCUGUGACAACUGUGGAGGGGAGAUGCACCAGAGACAGGGGAAGAACCCAGACUGUCAGAGAGGAUUCUACACGGCCGCUCUCAUCACCACCUCCAUAUUCAUCACGACUGGGGUGCUGAUAGCGCACGCUGCCAGGACCUGA